AUUCAAAAGUUCGAAAAGUUCAAAUACUUUCAAGUGUGGAACGCGAGAAACGGGCGUUUCUGAAAUUCAAAAUGGCGUUCGCUGCAGCUCGGAUGAUACUGAAGGAUAAACGGAGGAAGGCAUCCAAGGAGGACUUCAGGGACCCCAGGAAUAGAAGCAAGGCUCGGAGCGCUAGCACCAGUAGCUUUAGGAGUGUAAGUCAGGCGCGGAAUAAACCCGCAGACGGCAGUGGGCACGUCAACCAGAAGAACGCGGGGGGCCAGAAAGCGACGCCAACGAGUCAAAAAGGUGGUCCAAAAACCCCCGUAAAACCGUCAGCGCAGAAGGGAGCAGCGAAGACCGCGCCACCGAAGCAAGCCGCGGCCGCCGCCGCCGCCGUCAAAACUCCUCAGGGGAAGAAGAAGAAGGGACACAAGCACCAGCAGUACGAGCUCAUUGUUACUAUUAAUCUGUCCGAGUAUGGCCUUACGGAGGAGCAAGUGGCAGAGUUCAAAGAAGCCUUCAUGUUGUUCGACAAGGACGAAGACGGCACGAUCACCAUGGCGGAGCUGGGGGUUGUCAUGCGCUCGCUGGGACAGAGACCUUCAGGUACGUUUGUAUUCGUAUUUUACAAAGAAGCCUUCAUGUUGUUCGACAAGGACGAAGACGGCACGAUCACCAUGGCGGAGCUGGGGGUUGUCAUGCGCUCGCUGGGACAGAGACCUUCAGGUACGUUUGUAUUCGUAUUUUACAAAGAAGCCUUCAUGUUGUUCGACAAGGACGAAGACGGUACGAUCACCAUGGCGGAGCUAGGAGCAUGCGCUCGUUGGGACAGAGACCUUCAAGUCAGUUCUGUUGUAUUCGUAUUUUACAAAGAAGCCUUCAUGUUGUUCGACAAGGACGAAGACGGCACGAUCACCAUGACGGAGCUGGGGGUUGUCAUGCGCUCGCUGAGGCAGUGA